CCUGGCCUGGCCGGGGUGCGGCGGGCGGCAGCGCGGCUGUCAGUCCAGCGGCGGCGCGGGCUAGGCUUUGGGCAUGGCUCCGGCGGCGACAGGCGGGCUUCCGCCGACUGUCCCCUCGGUGGGCUCGACGGCUGUCUGGGGAGGCAACGGCUCCGCUCUCGAUAAUCCCCAGGUUUUGGCAAGUCAUGACUUACAGACAACUACACUGACAACUAAAAUUGAUGGCAGUGGUGGCAAGGCUGAGCACCCAGAGUAUAUUGCUUUUGCAUUGGUUCCUGUUUUCUUCAUCAUGGGUCUCUUGGGGAUCCUCAUCUGUCAUGUCCUUAAGAAAAAAGGAUAUCGUUGUACAACAGAGGCUGAAGAACUAGAAGAAGAAAAAAUUGAUGAAAAAAUAGAAAUGAAUGACACUAUACAUGAGAAUAGCGACACUGUGGGACAAAUUGUUAACUACAUUAUGAAAAAUGAAGCAAAUGCUGAUGUGUUAAAGGCCAUGGUAGCAGAUAGCAGUGUCUUUGAACCCGAAAGCCCUUUAUCUCCUACCUCUCCUGGGAGUCCAACGAGUCCAGGGUCUCCUUUGUCACCUGGUGCUGUUCCUUUCAAACACAGCUGCAAAGGCCACCACUUCCAUACUGUUGGAGGAGUAGUAGAAAAGGAUGUUUGUACUCGUUGUAGCCACAAACGCUGGCACCUUAUAAAGCCAGCUCACAAAUCUAAAGAGCUCACAAACCUGAAGAGGAGAAGUCGUCUUGGAGAGGUGACAGUCCUUUCUGUGGGAAGAUUUAGAGUCACUAAAGUGGAGCACAAAUCGAAUUCCAAAGAACGGAAGAGCUUGAUGUCUGUCACUGGUGUGGAGAGUGUCAAUGGAGACAUGCCUGCCACCCCUGUCAAACAAGAUGGGAGUGAAGCACCUGCUGCAUCUGAGAAACAGGAGAUGCCAGAGAGGAGAAGCUCAGAGUAAACUGCAGGUGGAAUUUGUAGAAGAAACUUGCCUGCUGCACUUUGGAGACAACUGAAAACUCCCAAGGGAUGCAUAUUAUUUAAGGAAAUGUAUUUAUGGCACUGUAGCAUUUUACAAAUUCUCUGGUGGCCUCCAUGCAAGGUUAAACACUUUAAUGGUUUCUCACCAGUAAAAUCAGUAAGAUUUAGACAACUUAAAUAUUGCUGAGCUGUGUGGACCUCAUGCCAAAUGCCAGGCUUCAUCUUGGAAAAUAAAACUAAAUAUUUUUGGUUUUUUGGAGAGGAAAGGUAAAAGCCUUAUUGAAUAAUCUGAAGUUUUUGUACUUAGAUUAACAUUUGUAAUGAGCUCAAUAUUACAAGUAAUGUUAUUACCCUGUGGAUAAAUUGUGUUUACUCCUCAGGUCCAUCUGGAUUUUUCUCCUCCCUUCUUCCCCUCCAGAGCUGACAAGUGUUGGCUGAAGAUAAAAAGCCAGCCUUUGGAAGAUGAAAAUACUCUGCUAGUCUAACUGCUAGUAGCCAAGCAAAACAUACAAGGAUGUAAUUACUGCAUGUGUGCCUUUAAUACAUAAACCCUCGGACUUUGUGAAGGCUACCUCACAGUACAGAGUGGUUCAGCUGUUUGCAGAUGUUAAAUAACAUUGUCUUCCCCACUUUAUCUCUCUUUUACUGCUUCAUAUAUGCCAAGAAUUAUCUUUCUCAGUGCCAGCUGGGUGAGCUCUUGGAAGCUCAUUUUCCUCAAGGCCAAUUUUUCUCCCCUUCUCUUGUGACUAGUCAUUUGUAUUUGAAGAGUGCCUGAUAGCUUUGCCUUUCUCUUUUGCCCACAGGUCCCUUCUUAAGCUGUGUUUCUGCCAUUAGAUAAGGAUGUGGACUAUUUGGAAUGUACACCAGAGUAGCUCAGAGUGGCUCUAUUGGACUGAGGGUGACUGUUUUUCAUUGGCACUGCAAUCUUAAACCAGUGUCACUCCCUUCAUAUUUUAAGUGUGAUUUACUGCUAAAAAUAGCAGUGAUGGAUUUGUGAUGUUAAUUCUUUGUAUCUGUUGAUCAUGCUCUCUGCUUUGUCCUGUUGGUUUUGGGAGGGGAAUCUUUGCAACGCUUCAGUAAUCUUUGCUGUGUAACAGAAACUGAAAAAUAACAUUUGUUCUGAGUGCCUAAGAAUAUAAGCUGUAAAUGAAUGCUUCUUACUAGAGAUUGCACUGUAUUCCAAGAACUAGAAAGUAACUUAGUCUACUUUAUGAACUCACUGAAAAAUCUGUUGGCUUGGAAAUUUUAAAUUAAUACUUUCAAUCCUUUUAGUCCAAGUGCUCUAAACCACGUUUCUGCCUACAGGUCUGAGAAAUCAGCUUUCAGUUUCUACAGUGUUAACAAUCAAUGUGCCCAAAAAUACAAAUGAAUCUUCUCGGUUACAUAUUGGACACUUCCACAUCUCAUCAGGAAUGUGCUGCUGAUGGUCUUCCUUUUGCUUGUAUCCAUAAAACACUGACUGACUGUCUCAUCAGGGAGAAAUAGUUGUUUUAAUUACAAAAAGAAGGGGCAAUGCAAUGAUACAUGUACCCCCCCCCCCAAAAAAAGGGGCGAUGUAUUGAUACAUGUAUCCCCCCAAAUAGAAGGGGCAAUGUAUUGAUACAUGUACCCCCCAAAAAAUUGGGGCAAUGUAUUGAUACAUGUACUCCCCCCAAAAAAAGAAGGGCAAUGUAUUGAUAUGUGUACCCCCCCCAAAAAAAAAGGGGGCAAAAAAAAGAGGGGGCGAUGUAUUAAUACAUGUACCCUCACAAAAAAAGGGGAAAUGUAUUGAUACAUGUAUCCCCCACAAAAAAAGAAGGGGCAAUGUAUUGAUACAUGUACCCCCCCAAAAAAGAAGGGGCCAUGUAUUGAUACAUGUACCCCCCAAAAAAAGAAGGGGCCAUGUAUUGAUACAUGUACCCCCCAAAAAAAGAAGGGGCCAUGUAUUGAUACAUAUACCCCCCCAAAAAAGAAGGGGCCAUGUAUUGAUACAUGUACCUCCCCAAAAAGAAAAGGUGCAAUGUGUUGAUACAUAUACCCCCCCAAAAAAAAGGGGCAAUGUGUUGAUACAUGUUACACCCCCAAAAAAGAAGGGGCAAUGUAUUGAUAGGUGUACCCCCCAAAAAAAAGAAGGGGCAAGGUAUUAAUAUGUGUGCCCCCCAAAAAAAAGAAGGGGCAAGGUAUUGAUAUGUGUACCCCCCCAAAAAAAGAAGGGACAAGGUAUUGAUACAUGUUACCCCCCAAAAAAAAGGGAUAAUGUAUUGAUACGUGUACCCCCCCCAAAAAAAAAGAGGGGGCAAAAAAGAGGGGGCAAUCUAUUAAUACAUGUACUCCCCCAACAAAAAGGGGUAAUGUAUUGAUAUGUGUACCAAAAGACCCCUGAAAACCCUGCAAACACACACACCCAGUCAAGAAUAACAACCCACCACCCACCAAAGGUCUGAAACAGAAUCAGUGCUUUAUUGUUCCUUUUUGAAAUGGAUGUUUUAAAGGUAAGACUCCAGAACCCAAAAUAAGGCUUUGGCCAGGACUGAAACUUGAGUGUCUAGCAUUCCUGCUUCCAUUAACCUAAACCUGGCUUAGGAAAGCUGUUCAUUACUCAAGUAUAGCAUGAAUACCAAGCUCACUUUACAGGCAUACUUCAUCGUUUGUCUAAAGAGUUAAUGUUUGGAGGAGAAUUUUAGCUGGUAUCUCUUACAGUAGUUAGAUUUCAGUUUCUAAGAGAUUGAGAGCUACAAAGAUAAAAUGUUACUGGAAAACAAAAAGGGAGUAUUUGGCAGAAACAAAGCAGUUUCAGAUCAUUUUCAGAAAGGAGAUAUGCAACUACAGACUGUCACAAAAGCUUUAAGAAAGAAAACCCCAACAAACCAAACAGGAGGAGGAUGUAUUUUUAUAAUGCUGUCUUUAUAAAUGUGAUGGGUUAGUGCUGCAAGUAAACUUGCCAGAAAGGAUGGAAGAAAGUUUAAAGAGAAGUGUCUAUUUUUUUACUUAAAUGAAAAGUAGCUUCUAUUUUGAUUCCUUUGGAACUAUGUAGAGGGAAAGAAAUGCAAACGUUGGCUGUGUAAAACACUGUUUACCUGUAUAAAAUACUUGCUUAAGGUUUUAUAAGACCUAACAUGUCCAAGAAUUUAAUCUGGGCAUUGCUACUUCAAUAAGGGUUUAGAAACUGUGCCUGUUUCAUUGCAUUUAACACUACACUCUGCUGUUUUGCAGGGCUAUGGAUGUUGCCUUCUUAGCUUUCCUUAAAUUUGCAUACCAGAUGUAUUUUUAACAAAUAGUUUAUACACAACUUUUUGUACUACCAAGCAGUAAAUAAAAAAGCUAUUGGUUGUUAAA